AGGAAGACCCACCCCUGAUAAGCUCGCACCUGAAUGCUUAUUGCAUGGAUUGAACGCAACCAGCUGGAUGUGAAAGAGGGGACUCUUCCACCUACCUGAAUCCAAAACGGUCAUCGUGUGUACUUUCCCAAGUGUGAGCCCAGCCCCCGUCGCACGAACUUGAGCCAUGCCCUGCGUCCAGGCUCAGUAUGGAUCAUCACCGCAAGGAGCCAGCCCCGCGUCCCAGAGCUACAGCUACCACGCCGCCGCGGCAGGAGAAUACAGCUGCGACUUCCUCACCCCCGAGUUCGUGAAGUUUAGCAUGGACUUGACCAACACCGAGAUCACGGCCACCACCUCCCUGCCCAGCUUCAGCACCUUCAUGGACAACUACAACGCGGCGGCCGGCUACGACGUCAAGCCGCCGUGCCUCUACCAGAUGCCGCACGCCGGUGGCGAGCAGUCGUCCAUCAAAGUGGAGGACGUGCAGAUGCACGGCUACCAUCACCACCACCACCACCACCCGCACCACCAGCAGCAGAGCCACCUGCCGCCCCCGCAGUCCGACGACAUGAUGAGCCACCCCGGGCCCGUGUACUUCAAGCCGCCGCCGUCGCCGCACGGCCCCAGCACGCCCAACUUCCAGGUGCAGGCGGGCGGCGUGUGGGAGGAGCCCGGCGGGCCCUCGCUCCACACCUUCCACCACAACUACAUGAUGGAGCAGCGCAAGAACCCCGUGUCGCGGCUCUCGCUCUUCUCCUUCAAGCAGUCGCCGCCCGGAACGCCCGUGUCCAGCUGCCAGAUGAGGUUCGACGGCCCGCUGCACGUCUCCAUGGGCCCGGCUGCGGCGGCGCACCACCGGGGCCUGGACGCGCAGAGCUUCGCGGUGCCCGGCGUCCACCGUAAGCAGGCGAGCGGCCUGGCCUUCCCGCACUCGCUGCAGCUGGGCCACGGACACCAGCUGGUGGAUAGCCAGGUGCCGUCGCCGCCUUCCCGCGGAUCACCGUCCAACGAGGGGCUUUGCGCGGUGUGCGGGGACAACGCGGCCUGCCAGCACUACGGGGUUCGAACCUGCGAGGGAUGCAAGGGCUUCUUCAAGCGCACCGUCCAGAAAAAUGCCAAAUAUGUGUGCUUAGCCAACAAGAACUGUCCUGUCGACAAACGCCGAAGAAACCGUUGCCAGUUCUGCCGUUUCCAGAAGUGCCUUGUGGUUGGAAUGGUGAGAGAAGUCGUGAGGACUGAUAAUCUGAAAGGUCGACGAGGACGUCUGCCGUCCAAACCCAAAAGCCCCCAGGAGCCCUCCCCCCCGUCGCCGCCGGUCAGUCUCAUCAGCGCGCUGGUCAAGGCCCAUGUGGACUCCAACCCGUCCAUGUCUGCACUGGACUACUCCAGAUUCCAGGCGAGCCCUGACUACCAAAUGGCCGGAGACAACACGCAGCACAUCCAGCAAUUCUACGACCUGCUCACCGGCUCCAUGGAGAUCAUCCGCGGCUGGGCCGAGAAAAUCCCGGGCUUCUGCGAGCUGCCCAAGGCGGACCAGGACCUCCUGUUCGAGUCGGCCUUCCUGGAGCUCUUCGUCCUGCGGCUCGCGUACAGGUCCAACCCGGUGGAAGGCAAGUUAAUCUUUUGCAACGGCGUGGUGCUGCACAGGCUGCAGUGCGUCCGCGGCUUCGGCGAGUGGGUGGAUGCCAUCGUGGAGUUCUCCUCCAACCUGCAGGGCAUGAGCAUUGACAUCUCGGCGUUCUCCUGCAUCGCCGCGCUCGCCAUGGUCACAGAGAGACACGGGCUGAGGGAGCCCAAACGGGUGGAGGAGCUGCAGAAUAAGAUCGUCAACUGCCUGAAGGACCAAGUGACGUUCACCGGCGGGGGCUUGAACCGACCCAACUACCUGUCCAAGUUGCUGAGCAAGCUGCCCGAGCUGCGCACGCUGUGCACGCAGGGGCUGCAACGCAUCUUUUACCUCAAACUCGAAGACCUCGUGCCUCCGCCCGCCAUCAUCGACAAACUCUUCCUCGACACGCUGCCUUUCUAA